UACAAAUUACAACUUAUUAGCACAAAAUGAUGAUCAAGGUGGUAAUAAUCAAUUUCAGAUGAUAGUUGAUUUACAGGCUGGUGUUCCAUAUACACUAGUCUUUACAACAUACCAAGAGAAUAUCAUUGGUCCAUUCUCAAUUAUUGCGGCGGGUCCAGGUUAUGUUCAAAUGGUAUCGAACAACACUUUCGAACAAGGAAGCACCAUGUCAACGACAACGAUAGGAUUACCUUCAACAAUAGGAUUUUUGACGACCACUACAACACGAUCUCCUUCAACAACAGCAUUUUGGAACGCAACUACAACCGGAUUCGAAGGUACAGCACCGUACGGUAAUACAACUGGAUUCCCUGAAAACUCUACUUAUUCUUAUUAUUCAAAUACAUUAACAUUCAACAGUACACGAUAUCCAAAUGUAAGCAAAUAUUAUCAAGCAAUUCAAGUAAUUGUCUAUACAUCAGGAACAUAUAGUUUGGCGAGUUCAAGUAGCAUGGAUACAUACGGUUAUCUCUAUGGUGGAACCUUUGAUCCAUUCAAUACAAAUUACAACUUAUUAGCACAAAAUGAUGAUCAAGGUGGUAAUAAUCAAUUUCAGAUGAUAGUUGAUUUACAGGCUGGUGUUCCAUAUACACUAG